ACUGCCCUGCCCUGCACUGGCUGGAGUCAGCGCGCUGCAGGUCAGUGCCGAUCCAUGCCUCGUUCGUCUCUGGCUGGCUGGCUGUCUGUCCGUCCGUCCGUCGGGCUGGUGAGGGACAUUUACGCGGCCCCGCCUUCCCUUCAAGCCUUGAAGGCGGAGUCGUAGAUGACCAGCAUGGCAGAAACACGAGGGAAAAAGGGAGGAGAAGUAGGAGACGAGGAGGAUGCAGCAGCAGCAGCUGGGCCGAGUGACAGAGAGGAGGAGGAGAGCGAGGGACAGAGAGGAGGAGGAGAGCGAGGGGCGAGGGGCGAGGGCGAGGGCGAGGGGAGGGGCGGGGAGGGGUAGGCAGGCGGUGAGGAGCCCAGGGGUCUGAAGGGACAUUGAAAGAGAGAGGGGCACCCGAGGCAGAAGGAAGGAAGGAAGAUCUGGGCGAUAGAGAGAGAGAGAGAGAGAGAGAUGGAUGGAUGGUGGCGGGGUGGGUUGGUGGCUAGCGAGGGAGAUAGAGAGAUAGAUAGAUAGAUAGAGCGAGAGUCGGAGAGAAAGCUUGGUGGUGAUAGAAAAUGCUCAGCAACUUCGGUGGAUUUGUUCGAGUUUCGUCUCGCAUCGUGCCAGGAAGGCGUUUGGGUGCUGUGAGUGGAGUGGUGGAUGCGACAGGAGUUGUUGGAGUUGGAGUUGGAGUUGGAGUUGGGAGGCGUGAGCGAUUGGGAAAUUGGCACCCGAGGAAGAGUUGGUGCUCGUCGGUGACAAGUGGAAUAUCGCGAGGGGUUCUGGAGAAGCACUUCGGAACGACAAGAACCGGUCGAGCGAAGACUCGGACGAUGUCGAUGACUGAGGGAGCUGCGGAGGUGACGGAGUCUGGAUAUGUUGCCUCGGAUGCGGGAGGUGGAGAAGGAGUGAAUGGAGUCGCAGGUGUUAGUUUGCAGCAGCCGGGAGAUAGCUCUGUCGUUGUUGAUCAUGGAUUUACGCGCCCCGAGAUGCGUUCAGAACCUUUGGUCGGGACCGUAAUGCACUACGAGCGCCACUUAUUCUUGUGUUACAAGGACCCCGAAAGUUGGCCAGCACGAGUGGAGGCUGCUGAUAAUGACCGCCUACCCCGUUUCUUCGUCGCCGCCCUCCGUGCUCGCAAGAAUGAUAUGCCGAAAAAGACUCGACUGACCAUAUGUGAGGGUCGUGAUGGGACCGAGUCAUCCAGUGGAGAUGUACUCAUCUUUCCGGAAAAGAUACGUUACAGGGGCUUGACGCAUUUCGACGUGGAUUCGUUCGUUGAGGAUGUACUUGUCAAAGGGAAGGAUUGGGUUGGCUCGUCUAAGCCAGAACCUCUACUCGGUAGCUACAUAUUUGUCUGUGCCCAUGGAACCAGAGACGCGCGAUGUGGUGUUUGCGGGCCUGCCCUUAUCCAGAAACUUCACGAAGAUAUAGCUGCAAGGGGUCUUGAGAAUCAAAUAUUCGUCCGACCUUGUUCCCACAUAGGAGGGCACAAGUAUGCAGGCAACGUUAUUAUAUUCAGCACAUCUGCCUCGGGUCAAGUGUCCGGGCACUGGUAUGGAUACGUUGUCCCAGAAGACGUGCCUGCACUACUAGAUCAACACAUCGGCAAAGGCGAAAUUAUUGAGCGACUAUGGAGAGGACAAAUGGGUCUUGCCGAGGACGAUCAAAAGCUUGCUCAUGAAGAAAGACUUCGAUGUCAGCAAGAGGGUACAAGUGGAUGCCCAUGUGCCGAAAGUCAGGUUAGAGGGCCUGAUGGCGAGGGAGAGUCUGCAACUCCCUGCUGCCAAACAUUGAAAACUGAGGUAGCAGAGUCUGCAGAGGCGACAGAAAACGGAUUUUCUGAUCAAACAAACGGGGAGAUUUUUGACGAGCCAGAAAGUUCGAGGAGCGAUCUCACAGCAAGCCCAAAAGUAGUUCAGUCAGUUCCUGAGAGCGAACCUGUCAAAGGAAGGAACUCCAGCUUUCUCAGACUACCAAAAUGGGUACAGACUUGGGAGCGAGAGGACACACAUGCUGCGUUGGCUGUUCUAGGAGUGGCUGCGUUGGUUACAGUAGCGUUUCACAUUCAUAAACGCUCAGCCUCAAGUUGAAAGGCGCAUGUCAUGAGUCUUGCAGAUGAGGACGUGCUGGGGCACGUUCAUUCCAGUCCAUCAACUGGCAAACCUAAAUACGCUGUCAACUACUCUGAAUUUGAGCUCUCUGCACUGUUCUCACUACUGGCUUCAUUACAUCAGAUGUCUUCCCUUUCGCCAGUUACUUGCCUCUUGCGUCGUCCUAAGCUAAAAUCACUGCCAUGGGCAAGAAGCAGAGAACUGCGAUCAAGAGUGUUCGAUUGUUUUCCGCUUUGCUUGUGGUGGAGGUCCGAGGUCUUGACCUGAUCCACUUUGUGCAUUCACAUCUACCACCUCCUAUAGUUGUUUGUCGCAGCUGAUGACGUUUCUCAGCUGUGAAAACUCUAAUUAGGUCUAUGCUGGUUUGUCAGCCACUAGGUCGGAUAUAUCUUAUUAGGAUCGAGUGAUCAACCAGAAUCUAGGAUGUGCGAUAAAACUUAAAAGAGUCGAGAAAUUGUUCCUAUUGUGUACAUGUGGCGUAGAAAGUAAAAAUAUCACCAAUCGGGAAGAUCAUGUCUAUACUAGAUAUUCUUCGUCGGACUCUUGGUUUAAGUCUGUCAGAACAAUUGUAAAAUGUAUGAUUCAAAGCGAGUCAUUCGUGGCUUGCUGCAGGACCAUAUGGGGAAUCAAUGUGAAUGUGCUGCAGAUUCAGGCAUUCUUAUUCUCCUUCUUAGCUUCAAUUUUUGAUUAUAUAAC